AUGCUUAUUCAUCGCGGAAAUUUCAAGACAUUUUUCGUACAUUAUCAAAAGAAGCAUGGUGACAUUUUCGAAUUUCACUUGGGAACUCGACGUAUAGUUCUCAGUAAACCGGAAUACGUCGAAAAACUUUUGAUGCCUUCAACAAAAAGUCAAUACAUGAUGAGAUUUCCUUACACUCAAGGGUUAGAUGAAUUAGGAAUGAUGGGAAAAGGUUUAUUUGCAAAUCAUGAUUUGAAAUCAUGGAGAUAUAAUCGUCAAUUUUUUACUCAAGCCAUUUUUGCACCGAAAUUUACCAAAGAGGCUAUCGAUUGGACGAAUAAACUUUUCGAAGAAUUGUCAAGUUUUUGGAACAAGUUAUACCUUAAGGAAGAAAUUAUUAAAGGGGAGAAGAAUAAUAUGGAUUUUUCUGCUUGGUUGAAUCGAUAUACAAAUGAUAUGAUCAUCGCUUUGACAACUGGUGAAAGAUCUUAUACAAUGGCCGCAUAUUUUAACACUCAAAGUGAUGAAAAAUCCUUACACCCACAAGCGAUAGUUGAUGAUUCCGAUAAAUUCGUUCGAGCAUUUCGCGAGCAUAUUUUAGGUUUAUCAACAUUUAUCUUCAUUCCUUCUUUCAUACGACAUUACUCCCCAUAUAUGAAGCGAAUCUCGGAUGGCUUACUUAAAAACGCCGAAUUUAUCUAUCAAAGGUUGGACAUCAUUAUUAAGAGGCGCAGACAGGAAAUUGAAAAUACACCAUUGGACCAACCUUUAUCACAUGAUAUGUUGACCUCGGUGAUCACUGCGAAUACUCCUCGGAAUGUUAAUCAAAUUAAAACUGUCGAAGGUGAAGUCAUGAGACCUAUGAAUGAUACUGAAAUUCGUGGUAUUUUGCUCGACGGAUUUCUUGGUGGAACUGACACAACUGCAAAUAUGAUUUCAUUCAUACUCUAUCAUAUCGAACACAAUCCGGAUGUGAAGAAGAAAAUGUUAAAAGAAAUUGAUGAAAUAUUCCAAGGUGACAAGGAUCGUCCAAUCACCGAAGAUGAUUUUCAUAAACUCAAAUACUGUGAAGCGAUAGUAAAAGAAGUUGAUCGCGUUCUUCCGGUUUCCAACAUGAUGGCGAGAUAUAGUCAAGAACCUGACGAAAUAGCGGGGUAUAAUUGGCCGGCUGGCACGAUGUUUCAUAUGGUUAGAACUCGAGGAAGGAAAUUUAAACCGUCAGAACGUUAUACUAAUAGAUUGAAUAAAAUUCUUGUUGAAUAUCCUGAUGGUCCACAAGUUCUUCGUGAAAUUCUUCAAAAUUCUGAUGAUUCCAAGAGCACUGAACAAAUUUUCAUCCUGGAUCAUAAUACUUAUCCAUCAGAAAGCUUAUUAGAGCCGACUGAAGAUAAUUAUCAUAAUUCCGACUUGAAACUUGAUAGAUAUCAGGGUCCAGCUUUAUUGGCGAUAAAUAAUACCAUUUUUGAAGAGAGAGAUUUCACAUCUUUGUUAAAUUUGGCAAAUAGCGAAAAACGCGACCAAUUUGAUAAAAUUGGAGUAAUGGGUGUCGGUUUCAAUUCAAUUUAUCAUGUUACUGAUUCUCCAUCCUUCAUUACCGGUGAUACAUACGUUAUUCUUGAUCCACAUGAAUGGUAUUUUGAUGGUGGAGAGAUAUACGACAUUGUCGAAGAUAAUAUGGUCCAAGAUUUCCCUGAUCAACUUGCUCCUUUUAAAAUUCCAUCCUUGGGAAUCUCGUGUGAAAAUUCAUUUAAUAGGUUUGAUGGCACUAUGUUUCGUUAUCCUCUACGCACUGAAAAGGAUUCUCAAGAUUCGGAAAUUUAUAAAAAAAUUUAUAAACCUAAAGAAGUCUUGGAGAUGUUUCAUAAAUUUUACGAAAACGAAAGUAUUAAUUGCUUGUUGUUUUUAAAAUAUGUUGAGAAAAUUACUUUUUAUGAAUUAAAGAAAGAUGCUACUAAACCUGAUUUACUAUAUGAAAUUCGAUUGGAAAAUGCCGUUCAAGUUCGAGAACAACGUCGUUUGAUUGUUAAAAACAUUGUACCAAUGAUGGAUUCAUUAAUUUCGGGGAAACGUAACGAUAUUAAACAAUUAGAAUCCUCUUAUGUUGCAUCAUUCCGUCGUAAAAGAGGAAAUGAGAAGGGAGAUAGCGACCCAUGGUUAAUUUUGAACUAUCUUGAUGAUUUGCUUGAAGCUGAAAAGUAUUAUCAAAAAAAUUUCUCGAAAAGUAUAGGGGAGCACAAGUUUAUCCCUAACGUUGGAUUAGCCGUUCCGUUAAAGAAUUUGGAUGCAACUGGAAGAUUAUUUUGCUUUUUACCACUUCCCAUUUCUAUGCCCUUCCUUGUUUCCGUGCAUGGAUAUUUCGCGGUUAGUACUAAUCGACGUUCUCUAUGGGCGCCCGCAGAUAACGAAGACUUGGCGUCCGAUGCAAUAGCACGCCUGAAGGUUUCAUGGAAUCAAUAUUUAUUUGAAAAAGUCUUACCCAAAGCUUGGGUAAAAUUCCUUCGUGAGCUCCCACGUAAAGUUCCUAAUAUUUCGUCAGAUCAUCUAUAUAAAUUCUGGCCAAAAGACAAAGGAGAUACAUCAGGUACCAUGAAUCAUUUUUGCAAGGAUCUAUUGCAGAAUGUUAUAGAACAUCUUAGCAUUAAGGAUCGUGUAUUUAGAGGACCCUCCUCAUUAAAUAAUGCCAUUGGAAAAGUAUCUGGAAUCUCAGCAGAUUCAUACGAUGCAUCCUCAUUUCAAACAUCCGAAUUCCAUUGGUUAUCACUCGCCAAUGGCUAUUUGAAUGAUAAUAUUGAUUUAUCUACAGUUGGAAGCGUUGGAUUUCCUAUUAUUUCAGCACCUUUUGCUAUAACUAAAGGCUUGAAAAAAUCCAAACAUAAAACUUCCCGUAAAAUUUUCGCUCCUGCUAUUCUUCGUGACUAUUUAAAACAUAAUCUUGGUAGAUGGCAAGGCACAUUAGCAAGAGAAGAAGUCCUGAAAUUAUUUGGGUAUUUAUUAAGGGACGAAAAGUUUGACGAAUUAGUAGAUUUUAGAAUGAUUCCACUCGCGGAUGGUACAUUUGGAAAGUUGUCGCAAUCCAGCAAUUCUCUUGUAUAUAUUGUUCCUUAUAAUAUAAAUAGUAUUGAUAGAGAUGAAUUUAAUGUCUUCAACGAUCAAUUGAACAAAUUCAUUGACAUGUCAAUUAGCUACGAAUUGUAUGACCGUUUGUACAAAUUAGCAAAAGUUGGAUGGAUUUUAAACAUUAAAAUCUUGGACGAAUUUGCCGUUGCCGAUAUGAUUAGAUUCACACUGAAUUCAAAAAAUGUAAAAUCUGAAGAGAUAAAUCAUAAUGAAUGGAUUUAUAAAUUAUGGGAUAACCUAAGUUAUAGGCGAUGGGAUUUGAAAGAAUUUGAAAACGUUCAUUUAAUUCCAACGAGUCGAUCUACUCUUAGAAGGCUAAAAACUCCUCAAAGAAUUUUUUAUCAUCAACCAUCGUCCUUAAUUUCUAUUUUCGAAAAAUUUGGUGCCGUUUUUGUGAACAAACAAUUUGACAAAGUUGUCGAACGGGAUGGAGUAUCUUCAUACAUAAUUAAACCCAAUGAUAUUGUGUCGGUUCUAAGUUCCUUCCGUGCAGCAGCUUCAUAUCCAAGGAAUUUGGAACAUGAUUUACAACCUCGUGAAGCAUCAAUACUUAUUGAUCAUUUGUCCAAUUAUUUACGUCUUACAAAUAAUCUUGCGCCGGAACUUAUUGAGGUUAUAAUACAUCUUCCGAUUUUUACCGUAGUUGAUCAAAAUUCCCCAAUUUCAUUAUUAUCCGGGAAUGCAAAUUGGUUCCUUCUUCCCAAAAAUGAAGAAAAUUCAUAUGGUAAAAUUAUUUAUCCGAGUAAUAGAGGAAGAUUUCUAAAUGCAAGUUCACAGAAUUUAUGCUAUUUACUGGAAUACAUUAUCAAAGUUCCUCGAUUAGAAUCAUAUAACUAUUGGCGAAAUUAUGUAAUGCCAUUUCUCGGAUCACAACAACAAGGAGACAGAGAUAGUGUAAUUGACAAACUUUUUGAUAAGUUGCCAAAUUUGCUUUAUCAUCAUUCAGAGUUAAGAGACUUUUUCGGAAAUAUUCCCUUUGUACCCACCGGUACACUUCAAAUGUCACAACGACAACAAUUGCCUAAUAACUUUAAAUUAGCGAAACCAGUAGAACUAUUCAAUCCCGAAGAAAAGUCGGUGGUUGAUCUGUUUUUUGAGAACGAACAAUUCUUUCCAGCUGGCAAAUAUGGAUCUGGAAAGUUCUUUUCGAAUUUGAAAUCAUUGGGACUAAAAAUUAUACUUUCUCCCGAUGAUAUAAUUUCUCGGAUCAAAAAUAUUGUAGCACGAAGUUCCAACGUAAAUGAAGCUUUAAUUCGUCAACAAGCGCUUAAACUUUUGAAAUAUCUUGAUGACAAGUGGAGUCAGCUUAUCAUAAAUGAUCGCUUAAUGUAUGUAAUUUUAAAUGAAAAAUGGAUCCCUACUGUUGAUAAAUCUCAAAACGGAAUCUUUUCAAAACCUCAAGAUUGCUUUCCCAAAAGAGACAAAAAUCUAGUUUGCUUUGUUGCACCAAUUCUGGAUUAUUCUGUUAAAAAUCGCGAAUUUUCGAAGAGAAUAGGGUGGAAUACUUAUCCCAGUGUUAAUUUGGUUUUAGAACAAUUGAAAUUUUGUUGUGUGAGCUUGGCGAGAAAACAACCGCCAGAGGAGUUAACAACUGUUUGUGACGAGAUUUAUAAACAUAUGAGCAAAAAAUUUUUUGAAACAAAUAACAUUAAUAAUGAAUUUGGAUAUAUGAAAAAAUAUUUGGAAAAGCAACCGUGGAUUUUGUGCGGAAGUAAAUUAAACAAAUUUUAUUCGGCUGAUAAGGUUGUCUUUCGUCUUUUGAGUGAAUUUAAGGACAAGGAUUCUUUAAUAGUUGAGCUUCCUAUAGAUUAUACAAGCAAAUAUAUGUCUUUUUUUAAAGCUAUGGGAGUUCGAGACGAAAUUGGAGUUAAGGACUUGAUUUUGAUUAUUAAAAGUACCGUGGAGGGAAACAAAGACAGAGUUUUAUUGAUAGACGAGAUAAAAAAGGUCAUUCAAAUUCUUGAACAAAUUUCCAGGAAACAAAAGGAUAAUAAACGAGAUAGAAAAGAUCCAGAAAUAUUGGACGGAUUAUUAAUUCCAAGUACUCAACAUAAACUUGUGAAAUUAGAUGAAAUUCAAUUUGAUGAUUUAGGUGAUAAAAUUGAUGAAAAUGAGAGAAGUAAUUACAAUAUUACUCAUCAUCUUGUGACUCGGGAUAUUGCAGAAGGAUUGGAGAUAGGAACUUUAACAGGAAAAAUAUAUGGUAUUGAAGCUGGAGAUGAUGAUUGGGACGUAUAUGAGCAGGAAGAAUCAUUGACUACUAGAAUACAAGGUCUUAUCAAGGAAUAUUCAAUAACUCAGUUGUUUAAGGAAUUUCUUCAAAAUGCAGAUGAUGCUAAAGCAAAGCGAUUUUCGGUAAUAUUGGAUGAAAGACCAAUUAAUUAUGAUAAUACUUCUAAAAAAUCUUUAUUAUCGCAAGAUAUGGUUGAUAUGCAAGGUCCCGCGUUAUGGAUAUAUAAUGAUGUUGAAUUUACUGACAAAGACUUUCGGGCUUUGCUUAAACUUGGAAAGGGAUCAAAAUCCAAUGAUGAGAAUACAAUUGGAAGAUUCGGAACAGGUUUCAAUUGUGCCUUCCACAUUACAGAUUUACCGAGUAUUGUGAGUGGAAAGUAUAUUGCAUUUUUAGAUCCAAAUGCAAAAUUUCUUCCAGCACAAGGAUACCCACCCAGAAGGCGUAGAGGUACUAGAAUUAAUUUUAUCGAAAAGGAAUUUAAGGGAUGUUUUCCAGAUCAAUGCUAUCCUUACGAGGCGAUAGAAGGUUGUGAUCUUUCAAAGGAGUUUAAAGGAACACUGUUUAGACUUCCACUUAGGACAUUUAAUUCGGCGAGAAAAAGUGAGAUUUCAAAGAAAGCCGUAGAUAUCAGAAAAAUCUUGCAAAUAUUUAGUGAAGUCCAGGGUAACAAGGAGAUGCUCUUUUUAAGGAAUAUAGAAUCAUGUAGUUUUUAUCACAUGAAAAAUCAAAAAAUGAAUAGAAUAUGGGAAGUAAAAAUUGAUAUUUCAGAUCCUGAUCGCAAAAUUCGUAAAAGUGUAAUUGAUAAAAUGCAAACAUAUCAAUUAACUAAUGAAAUAGUAUUGCAAAACAGAAAAGUUUCAGAAACAUGGAUUUUAUGUACAGGAGGGCAUGAAAAGAUUAAGAUGAAAAAGGAAAUUAAACAAAUUUCGGAGGAAAAUGGUCUCAAGCCAAGAGGUGGAGUUGCUAUGUUGCUUUCUAAAUCUGAGGAAAUAGUUUUUGGUGAACCAAAAUUUGAAACGUUUCCUGAUCUCGAUGGCGAAUUUUUUUCUUAUUUAUCUCUAUCGGUAUCUACGCGUUUGAAUGUUCAUUUAAAUGGUUGCUUUUCGUUAUCCAGUUCAAGAAGCAAUAUUUUACAGUCGGGAAAUGAUUUUAUUAAUGCUGAUUGCGAUGAUUCAAAAUGGAAUCGAUAUAUUUUGUAUAAUGUCUUGCCGGAUUUGCAUGUUAAACUACUUGAAGCUGUUGUGAGAAUUGAAGAAGCUAGAUUUAGGAGAGAUAGACAAAAUUUCGUUCCGCAUUUACUUUGGCCGAUAAAGGAUUAUACGAACUUAUACAAAGAUUAUGGUUUAAAUGUUAUUGUCAAGUUGGGUCUUGGUAAACAAAAAUUUUUCUGGACUAAAGCUAAAGGUGGACAAUUUGUCUCAUUACAAACAGCCAAAUUUCUUGAGGAAAAUGACAAUACUAAAACUAUUGCAAAUAUAUUAGGUAAAUUAGGAGUUUCAGUAGUGAUACUUGAAAAGAGUAAACUUAAACAUCUUGAUGAAGCUAAAACAGAAUCGAGAAAUAUUAAUUUCAAGUACACAAUUCUUAAUGGAAAAUUAGUUUGUGAAGAAUUACAAAGAGCCAAAUACGAGCACGGGGGUCGAAACGAUGUUGACAAUAAGAACCAAUCACACGAAUCAUUGUUCGAAUUGCUUAAUUUUAUUCUUAAAGAUAAAGAUAAAAACACAUAUAGACUUCUUAAUGGACUACAAUUAGUUCCGUUGAGUGAUGGUUCUAUUGGAAAGUUUGGUAAUGCCCUUUAUAUUGGGAAUCAAGAAUGUAUGGAGUUAUUUCCAUCAAGUGCAUCAAGAUUUAUCUCUCAUGAUAUACCAGAAAAACUAUUGGAAAUUUUUGAUGGUGAAGAGUUUAAUGAUUUUUCUGAAAUUACACACAUUAAAAAGUUAGACAUUACCGGUAUUUUAGAGCUAUUAGAAAGUGAAAUACCAAUGUCAGAAGAAUUGGAAUGGGAUCCCCAAGGAGAAUCAAUACCAUAUAAUAAUUGGUAUGAAAAAAUUUGGACAAUAUUUAAAAACGUAGAAGAUUUGGAUUUUGACAGGUUUUCCAAUUUUCCUCUGUUAUCAAUGGUUGAACCUCCUAAUGUGCUCGUUCGACCUGAUCCAGAGAAUCCACUCUUAUAUAUACCUGAAAAUGGACACACUUUAUUUCCAAUAUUAGUAAAGUUAAAAGUACGCUUUACAGAAUUGAAACUUCCGGAAGGUGCCAAUGCAGAUCUUAGAAGUUGUAUUGUAAAAUGCACUUCUAUAAAUAUACUAAAUGCUUUGAAAAAUACGUGUUCUUUGUUUGAUUUGAAUAUGAUAGAAUUGUUUGAAAAUAGUGAACUAUCAACUGAAAAUUAUGACACGUUUAGAACAUUUAUUAAAAGGGAACUGGAAUCUUUAAUAGGCAAGUCUUUACCAAUAUGGCCGACACAUUCUUCUGAAGAGCUCAUUGACGCCACAUCUGGAAUCCUUCUUCCAUAUAAGCUUCCAUUUUUUGCAUUUCAAAAUACGACCGAUUUCUACAAAUGUAAUCAUGAUUCUGAUUUCAAUGCACUUACCAAAUUGGGUGCCAAUCAAAUAAAUGAAUUGGUGUAUGUCAGAGAUCAUCUAUUAAAAGAAGUAAUUUAUCCAACACCUGAAGAUUCUCCAAAUUACAUCCCUUUCUUACAGAAUGUCUUAACAUUAGAAAAUCCGGAAAUUGAACGAUAUUUUAGAAACAAAAAAGUGAUACCUAAUAAAUCACUUAGUGAAUUUGUAAGAGCUGAUGAGUUGUAUGACAGGAACGAACCCCUGUUCCCCAAGAUUUUUGCAAAUGACGACAAAUUUUUACCAAUAGAAUUGCAAAAUCGUGUUUGUUUAGAAGCUCUUGGAAGGAUUGGUCUUAAGCGUCAAGUGAAUGAACAAAUAUUUAUUGAAUGCGCAGAAGAAGUUAAAUCACAGAUUGAAUGUGACGAAUUACCUUCAGGCGUGGUUAAAGAUCGAGCAAAUUACUUGGUACGAUAUUUGUAUGAACAUAUUGACACAUUAAAUUUUAACCCCGACCAAUGGAAGAGAAUUCUAGAAAUAAAGUUCGUCCCAUCAGAAAGGAAUUUUACACAAUUUUAUAGGAAUCAUAAAGAAACUUCAGGGUUUGAGACUCUUGGAGCACUUUGUUCUCGCAAGUAUAAGAAAUUAUGUUGGACUCAGUGCCCAUUAUUUGAUGAAAUCAUUGAUCCCACCAAAUUUACCAUAUUCAAUCAACAUCAUCCAGAAAUUGGAAUUCCUUCUACCGAAAAUGUUAUGGAACAUUGGUUUUACGUCGUUGACAAUAUAGAACUUAUGAGAAGUAGUUUUAAGGAAACAAAGAGUAUAAUCAAAAAUAUUUAUAAGACAAUGAAUGAACGUGCUCUAAAUGAAGAAGUUCUGAUUAAAUUGAAGAUUAAAAAUCCCAAGAAUCCUAAGAAAAUAUUACUAAAUGGAGAUGAACCAUUUGAUAAGACAAAGUGGGUAGAAGGAAAGGAGCUUGUAUUUGGUUUAUCACAUGAUAUUCAAGGAAUGUUAAAAAUUAAUGAAUUUUUGGAGGAUUACGAAAAUUUGUUAAAGGUUUGCGGUGCAAAAAAGUUUUUAUCCAGUAGCCUACCAGUAAAUAUAAUUAAACAUGAUCAACAAAAAGUGCUGGUUGAUCGUCUACUGGAAAGGUUUAUGGGCAAUUCUGAUAGAUAUCAUGAUGUCACUUUUAUUGUUGGAGAUAAAACGUUUAGAGCCAAUAGAUACGUGCUUUCAGCUGCUUCAAAAGAGUACUUUGAAAAAAUGUUUGAAGGUGAAUUUAAUGAAUCAAAUGGGAGCGAAAUCGAGGUUACAAUAGUUGGUAUUCAACCAGAUGCGUUUUGGGUAUUACUUCAAUGGUUACAUGGACAAUCUUUCGAAGAUGCAAUAGAAUCUGUUUUACAAAAACAAUCAGACUUUAAAUCAAAUCUUGAAAGUUAUGAAACUUAUUAUUUAGACUUUUUUGAGAGUCUGUUGAAAGCAACUGAUAUAUAUGACGUUGAACCACUAAAAAAUGCUGUGGAAAAUACUAUUAUAAAUAGCACGUUCAUCGGUAUCAAUAAUGUGUGUAAAACUUUAGGAUUUUCAAAAGAUUACAAAGCCAAUCAAUUGAAAGAACAUUGUAAAAAUAUUCUUAAAACAAAUAUAGAUCUUGUCUUAGAUCUAAUAUUAGGUCAAAAUGCUUCUAAUGUUAAUGAAAGAGCAAAUGAAAAACUUAAGUUACGUUCAUUAUUGUCAGGUUAA